AGUAGUGGCCAUAGUUGACAGGGUCUUAUCCUGUGGUCCUUAGGAAGYCAGUCAGUCGGUUAGUGUGUCCGGGUAGGGCUACGUGGUGAGGAGUGGGACCCUUGUCGUGCACCAACACCACGAUGGACGACUACCCGAUGUAUGGGUUGCUGGUUGGGCUCUCCCUCUGGGGGACCCUCUGGCGUCUCCUCUUUCCUCUGGGAUUUUGGCAUGCCUUUGCGUGUAGAGUAGGGCCCACUCGAGGUGGUACCACCACCCAACCAUACACGAAGGAGGAGGAGGACAAGAUGGCCGCCAUCCUGCAGGAGAGGAAGGAGAAGGAGGCCAAGAAGAAGGCCUUGAAAGAAGAACAGGCGGCCAAACUGAAGAAGAUGGAGGAAGAAAUGGCCAGGGAGAAGGAGAGGCUGAUAAAGGAAGAAGAGGAGAAACUGAAGGAGGUGGAUGAAGAGGAGGAGGGACCGCCACUGCAAAGGAGUGGGCAGCACACAGCGGCCGCAGCGGUGACGAGUGAGGAGGAAGAGGUUGCUAUGUACAUCCCCAAGGAUGAGCAAGAAGCCGCCAUGAAGAAAUGGGAAGCAGAAGAAGAUGUUCUGACGCGGCGGGCGAUGGAGGAUGAACAAAGGCUGGAGUGGAAGCUCACAGUGAUGAGGGAGAAGAAGAGAAGAGUGGAGGCGGCGAAUGCGGCAAUGCAGGAACUGGAGGAGGUGAGGGCUGCCGUAACAACACAAUUGAUUCCGCAAGUGGAUCUCCAACGUAAAGUGGAGAUCAUCGCCCAUAGCGUUGAGCGGUUAGCUAAAGUGCAAGAAAAGCACUUUGAGUUUAGUCGCAGCCAGGAGAUAUCUGUACGCUCGAUGCGAACGGGCUUACGAGACUUUGCCCGCGAGUUAGUAGGCGCUGUGGGGUCCGAGGUGACKCACCGCCUCGAGAAGACUGAGCGUUUUUGUGUCGGCGCCAUUGAGGGCGUCAAGGUGGCCGCUCCCAAGGAGGAGGAGGCUCGUCCUCGCAGGGAGCCGGUCAAAGUCAAAUUCCCUGAUUCCUAUAGUGGGAAAAGGGAAGAGAACUUUGACAAUUGGGAGGCCAAUGUUAAGACUUAUGUGCAUCUGCAACAGGUAUCCCCGGAUCAGCAGGUCCUAAUUGCGAUCCACGCGCUUAGAGAUGAGGCCGCCAACUUUGCAAGGUCCCAAGUUCGCGCUGCCAACUGUAGUGACGACCCGGUAGUGCACUCCUCGUUCACAUCCCUCACCGAAUUCUUGAAGUUAUUACGCGAGCGAUUCGCUGAUGUUGCCCGUAGUGUCAAAGCCUCAGAAAGGCUUCAGACAAUACACUCGCGCCAAUGGAAGAGUGCAAGGGCACUCAAGGGCACAAUGGAUGAGUUAGUGGUUGUUCCUGACCACAAGGUCACAGAGACCCGGUUGGUCAACCUCUUCUACCGGGCCAUGCCCGAAGCGCUGCGUGGUCACUUCUUUGACAAGAGUCAGGACCCUGCUAUGACUUAUGAUAUACUUAGCAGGGAAGUGGUCGCGUUCGAGGCGAAGUCUGCGUCGAUUUCCACCUUCUGGCACAAAGAUUUAGACAAAGGCAAAAAGUGGAAGGGCCGCACUAUCUCAGGGCAGGUCAAGACUAAGGAUAGCCUUGUGCUCACUUUAGAUGAAGGUAGUGUGGAUGGAAUCCCCUACGAUCAGAUUGAGUGGGGGUUAGAGGAGGAGCACAGCGGUGCGGGCCAAGGGAGAUCCUACGCUGCUGUCGCGGCUGGAGGGAGGCCGCAAGGAGGAAGAGGUCAGGGCCAAGGGGGCCGGGCCUCAGGGAGCCGGUUUCAAGGCGAUCAGGGGGUUGGCGGCAGAGGAGGAAACCGCAGAGCGGGAGGAAGAGGUCAAGGUCCCCCGCAAAACCGUCCUAGGAAUAGGUCUCCCUAUAGGGUAGGAGGAUGGCACCUAGGGCUACCGCAGGACAAUCGUACAGUGAUUGUAGAGGAUUACGUAGAGGGAGUCCAGGCAUAUUUCCGCCUAGAGAAAGAUGGGAAAGUGGAGAAGGUCCUCCACUCCCUGACUCUCCUCGUAGAGGACAGCCUCCCAUUUGACAUUGUCCUGGGAAUGGAUUGGGGAGAGGCAGUUGGGGCCACGCUCCAUUUCAAGGAGCACGAGUGUAGGCUCCCUAGUUCGUCAGGCGAGGCCAAGACUGCCCGCCUGUUCCAUGUGUCGGGGGUAGAGAAUUCCUUGGCGCACUGCUGCCUUAGUGCCCCCGCGUUCGCCAGACUGGUGAAGGAGGGAUUGGAGGAACAGGUCUUUAUUGCCUAUGUUAGGCCAGUGACUGAGCCUACGGAGGAGAAGCCGACGGACCCCGCGAUUGCCAAGCUGCUGGAAGAGUUUAAGGAUUUGACUGAGCCGCCGACAGGCACGGUGUCGCGGCCCAUCCAACACCGUAUUGAGAUAGAGCCUGGCAGUAGAACUCCUAAGGGUGCGGUGUAUAGGAUGUCCCCGCGGGAGUUAGAGGAGCUGCGGAAACAGUUGGACGAGCUCCUUGAAAAGGGUUGGAUUAGGCCCAGUUCGUCUCCUUUUGGAGCCCCUGUUCUCUUUGUACCCAAGAAAGAGGGAAAGCUAAGGAUGUGCAUAGACUAUAGGGGUCUGAAUGCUAUUACAGUAAAGAAUGCUGAGCCACUGCCUAGGAUCGAUGAUCUCUUAGAUCGAGUGCAGGGGGCUAAGUAUUUCUCUAAGAUAGACUUAAAGUCCGGAUAUCAUCAGAUAGAGGUACACCCUGAUGAUCAGUAUAAGACAGUCUUUCGGACUAGGUACGGGCAUUAUGAGUUCAUAGUGAUGCCCUUUGGACUAACCAAUGCGCCAACAACUUUUCAGCGGUGUAUGAAUGAUUUGUUUAGGCCGUGGUUAGACAGAUUCGUUGUAGUUUAUCUAGAUGACAUCCUAGUGUUUAGCCGGACCCUCGAAGAGCAUCAGGGUCAUCUCAGGCAAGUCUUGGAGAAGCUGAGAGAAGCUAACUUCAAGAUCAAUGCAAAGAAGUGCGAUUGGGCGAAGACCCAAGUUUUGUAUCUAGGCCACGUCUUAGAUGGAGACGGCGUUAAGCCAGAAGAUCGCAAGAUCGCAGCGAUUAGAGAUUGGCCCACGCCACGUACGYUGACAGAGUUGCGCUCGUUCCUGGGCUUAGCGAAUUACUACAGRAAGUUCGUAAGGAACUUCUCCACCAUUGUUGCGCCCCUUCGCAGAUUGCUGAGAAAAGAGACAAUCUGGAAGUGGGACAAGUACUGCACAUCCGCCAUGAAGAACCUAAAGCAGGCGUUGAUAGAGUAUCCGGUCCUUAAGGUCGCCGAUCCGUCCUUGCCUUUUGUUGUUACUACGGAUGCUAGCCAGUACGGCAUAGGCGCAGUGUUACAGCAAGACGAUGGCAAUGGCUAUAGACCCGUAGAGUUCAUGUCCGCUAGGAUACAUUCAGAAAAGGUUGCGACAUCUACCUAUGAGAGGGAACUCUACGCUCUCAAGCAAGCAUUAGACCACUGGAAGCACUACUUGCUUGGGAGGCACUUCAAAGUCUAUUCGGACCAUGAAACGUUACGGUGGUUAAAGACCCAGGCCAAGAUGACACCUAAGCUUACUAGGUGGGCCGCAGAGAUAGAUCAGUACGACUUCGAGCUCAAGCCUGUCAAAGGGAAGUACAACGUAGUCGCGGAUGCUCUGAGUAGGAGAGCAGAUUACUUUGGGGCAAUAGUACAUUACCUCGAUAUAGGAAAGGAUCUGCAGCAGAAGGUUAGAGAAGCCUAUGCGCAGGACCCUAUCUAUAGUGAACUCCUCACGCGAGUCAAGGGGCCCCUAGAGACCGAGCCGAACUACCGCACUACUGGAGGGUUACUCUUCGAGAAGACUAAUGUCUUUGACCGGUUGUGCAUCCCCAAUAGCGAAGAGAUCCGUAGUCUGAUUAUGGGAGAAUGCCACGACACAGAGGGCCAUUUCGGUUGGCAAAAGACUUUGGCCAAUCUGAUGCGCGCGUAUACCUGGCCAGGGAUGAAAAAUGACUGCGUAGAGUAUGUUCGCAGUUGCAAAGUCAACCAGCGUAAUAAGAGUUCUACGCGCGCCCCGCUAGGUCUUCUCAGACCCUUGCCCAUUCUGGAUCAGCCGGGAGACUCAGUGUCAAUAGAUUUCAUGGACACUCAAGUCAAGAGUAGGCAUGGCAAGAGCCAAGUCAUGGUCAUAGUUGACCGCUUUAGCAAAAAUCGGAAAACACCGCUGGCUUCUUAAAGAUCGUGUCCAUCCACGGUUGCACCAAACCCGAUAAUCAACCAGUCUGAAAGUUACAAAUAAAAGCUCCAUGGUCGU